AUGAAAGGCGAGAGAGUGAUUGCACAGGCUAUAGCUAGGACGAAGAGGCAGAGCUAUAACUGCACGUGUUUGGGAAAAACCGAUGGAAAAUUAAUUUUAGACUGCAACGCAAACUCUAACUGCCCUCCUGGACCAGCGGGACCACCCGGAGCUCCUGGUCUCGAUGGGGCGCCAGGUUUGCCUGGUGCUCCUGGAGCACCAGGAAUGAGCGGUGUUAUGCCAUCUGUAGUAAUGGACCAUGUAGCUCACUGUCGCAUGUGUCCCAAUGGACCGCCAGGCUUCCCAGGUCCUCAAGGAUUAGCAGGCCCUCCUGGACUUGAAGGCCCUAGCGGCACUGAUGGCAUGCCUGGACCAGAUGGACACCCAGGAAUGCCUGGAAAUCCAGGACUGCCAGGUGAAGUUGGAAUGCCUGGAAAACCCGGACCACCUGGAGACAAGGGCCGCGAUGGAGCUACAAUGGGUAAAGGGCUUCCGGGAGAACCUGGAGAGCGUGGACCUAUGGGACCACCUGGCUUUCCUGGUCAAGACGGACCAGCUGGGAAUCCGGGUAUACCUGGCAAUCAAGGACCUGCAGGACCUACAGGAGAAGUGGGACCGGAGGGUCCACCAGGUUUUGAUGGGCCAACUGGACCCAUGGGGACACCAGGAGAGGAUGCCAGUUAUUGUCAUUGUCCUGCAAGAACCAAGUCGAAAGUCUAA